GUGAAGUUGUAGGUCCUCUUAAGCAAGCAAGUUUACUAAACUGAGGAGGCAGCAGCUCUUUGCUUUUCUCCAGUUUUCUCAGGCUGAGCUCUGUGUUUGUGAAGAGGGUUGAAGUAACAAUGGCGGCUUCGAACUGUUCGCAACCGCAGUUCAUCGCUAGCACUGGGAAUCGGACUUUCUCAAAUGCGCCGCUCAUACAGGAUGCAGAUCCCGAUCAGAUUGUAGUGCCAGAUAGAAGAAGUUGGAAAAACUUAUUCUCAUACAUGGGUCCUGGAUUCCUCGUUUCUAUUGCAUAUAUUGAUCCUGGAAAUUUUGAAACUGAUUUGCAGGCAGGAGCACAAUACAAGUAUAGUUUACUUUGGAUCAUAUUAGUGGCUUCAUUCUCGGCUCUUAUUAUUCAGUCCCUAGCUGCCAAUCUGGGUGUUGUCACAGGGAAACAUUUAGCAGAGCACUGUAGAGCUGAGUAUCCAAGAGUUCCAAACGUCAUCUUAUGGGUUCUUGCAGAAAUUGCAAUUGUGGCAUGUGACAUUCCUGAAGCUUUUGCAUUAAACAUGCUCUUCAAGAUCCCUGUAUGGAUAGGUGUUCUUCUGACAGGUCUCAGUACAUUGAUCCUUCUAGCAUUACAGCAAUAUGGGGUUAGGAAGCUUGAGUUUUUUAUUGCUUUUCUUGUGUUUACCAUUGCCACAUGCUUUUUUGUGGAGCUUGGCUAUGCAAAGCCUGUUGCCAAUGAAGUUCUGGAGGGCCUUUUUGUUCCUCAACUUAAAGGAAAUGGUGCUACUGGUCUUGCAAUUUCUCUCCUUGGUGCUAUGAUUAUGCCUCACAACCUCUUUCUCCACUCAGCUUUGGUGCUUUCCAGAAAAAUCCCAAGAUCAGUCCGUGGCAUUAAGGAAGCCUGCAGAUUUUACAUGAUAGAGAGUGCCUUUGCUCUGACAGUGGCGUUUCUCAUUAACAUCUCUGUUAUCUCUGUAAGUGGUGCAGUUUGCAAUUCUACAAAUUUAAAUCCAGAUGAUCAGCAAAGCUGCAAGGACUUGGACUUGAAUAAGGCAUCUUUCUUACUAAGGAAUGUCUUAGGUAGUUGGAGUUCAAAACUUUUUGCAAUUGCUUUGCUUGCAUCAGGUCAGAGUUCUACAAUAACGGGAACAUAUGCUGGACAAUAUGUAAUGCAGGGCUUUCUUGAUUUACGACUGACACCUUGGAUUCGAAAUUUUCUUACUCGGUGUUUGGCAAUUGUCCCAAGUUUAAUUGUUGCAAUCAUUGGUGGUCCUGCUGGGGCUGGAAAGUUGAUUAUUAUUGCAUCGAUGAUUUUGUCAUUUGAGCUUCCUUUCGCACUCAUUCCACUUCUUAAGUUCACCAGCAGUGGGACCAAGAUGGGAGCACAUGCCAAUUCACGAAUGAUUUCAGCUAUCACUUGGAUAAUUGGUUCUCUUAUCAUGGGUAUAAACAUAUACUAUCUUGUGUCUGGCUUCAUCAACUUGCUUCUCCAUAGCCACUGGAAACUUGUAGUUGUAGUGUUUUUGGGAAUAUUUGGAUUUUCUGGUAUUGCUGUAUAUUUGGCUGCUAUUAUCUACCUGGUCUUCCGGAAACCUAAGGAGGUUACACCUCUUUUGGCAUUAACAAUCCCUGACCAUCAGCAGAUGGCUGAUGACACUGUUAAUAAUCUUCCUAGGGAGGACAUAGUGAGCAUGCAGUUGCCUCAGAGGGCUACAUCAGACAUAGACUGAUCUUUACAAAGGAAGGUAGAUAACGUUAAUAAAGCAGAUUUUCAAUCUGCCUCUUGUUUUCAUGAAGAAGUAUAACACAAUAGGCUGAUUGUUGGAGAUGCAUACGGUCAUGUUCCUAUGAAUUGUUUUUUUUUUUUUUUUUGGUGGAAAUAUGGAAAUAUAUAUAACAAAACACAGAUACAGUCAGGUCCGGGGAAAGUCUAUUCCCCUUACAUCAGCGUCAUGUUCCUAUGAAUUGUUACUGCGCCCUUUUUGUUCUUU